UAUCUAUCUAGCUCUUUCAUGCAUGAUCAGGCAGGAAAUCCAAGUGUUGUCUUGUCCUAUAAAAGAAGGGACCAUUGAUCUACCUCUCCACAAUUCAAUCCAUUUCUUCCUCUACCAUACUAUACCUAGCUUGCCACCAACAACAGUACACCAUGCCCAAGAAGAAGCUGUCACAUAGGCUGUUCUCUGCCUUGGUAUCCCUACUCCUUCAUGGGAAGCCUAUCUCUAGAUCAUCAUCCAACACCAACACCACAUUGCCACACCCUUCCUUGCUGCACAAGUCCUCCUCAAGCUUCCCUCCCAUGGAGAAGCUCGCCGCGAAAACCCUAGUACUCGACGUCGAAGGCGGUUUGCUUAGAUCAUCCUCCUUGUUCCCCUACUUCAUGCUUGUGGCACUAGAGGCAGGAGGGUUCUUGAGGGGCCUUGUGCUCCUCCUCCUCUACCCAUUGCUAUGUGUCAUGGGAAGUGACAUGGCCUUGAAGGUCAUGGCAAUGGUGUCCUUCUGCGGUUUACGGGCAAGCCGGUUUCGGGCCGGGCGAGCCGUGCUUCCCAAGUGGUUCCUUGAGGAUGUUGGGGAGGAAGGGUUUGAUGUGAUGAGGAGUGCCAUGAGGAGGGUGUGUGUGACAAAGAUGCCUAGGAUCAUGGUUGAAGGGUUCUUGAAGGAGUACUUGGAGGUUGAGGUUGUUUCAGGUAGGGAGAUGAAGGUGAUUUGGGGGUUCUUCACUGGCAUCAUGGAGGAGGAAGAAGGUGGUGAUCAAGAGGAGGUGUUGCUUGAGGAGAAGAAAAUGUUGGUUGAUGUUGUGGGCUUCUCUACCUCCUUGGAGUUCCUCCAACAUCAUCUCUCACAUUGUUGCAAGGAGGUGUACCUGGUGACACGUGAGGAGAAGGCGAGGUGGUCGGCGCUGCCGCGCGACAAGUACCCGAAGCCGAUGGUGUUCCACGACGGCCGCCUCGCGUUCCGGCCAGCCGCCGGCGACACGCUCGCCAUGUUCACCUGGCUCCCCUUCGGCGCCGCCCUCGCCGUCGCCCGCCUCGCCGUCGCGCUCGCCGUGCCGUACAGGUACUCGACGCCGAUCCUGGCCGCCACGGGCUUGUCGUGGCGCCUCAAGGGCGAGGCCCCCACGCCGCUCGCCGGCGCCGGCGACGGCGCGCGCCGGCGCGGGCAGCUGUUCGUGUGCAACCACCGGACGCUGAUCGACCCGGUGUACGUGUCGGUGGCGCUGGACCGCCCCGUGCGCGCCGUGUCGUACAGCCUGAGCCGGCUGUCGGAGCUGAUCUCGCCGAUCGGGCGGACGGUGCGGCUGACGCGGGACCGCGACAGCGACGGGCGCGCCAUGGCGCGGCUCCUCGACGGCGGCGACCUCGUCGUCGUCUGCCCCGAGGGGACGACGUGCCGGGAGCCGUGCCUGCUCCGGUUCAGCCCGCUGUUCGCGGAGCUGAGCGACGACGUGGUCCCCGUCGGGAUCGCCGUCGACACGGCGAUGUUCUACGCGACGACGGCCGGCGGGCUCAAGUGCCUGGACCCGCUCUACUACAUCGCCAACCCGAGGACGUGCUACGCCGUGCAGUUCCUGGAGAGGGUGGACACGUCGCCGGCGAGGGAGCGGAGGGCGCCGUCCACCGACGUGGCCAACCUCGUGCAGAGGAGGAUGGGCGACGCGCUCGGCUACCGCUGCACCAUGCUCACCAGGAAGGACAAGUACCUCAUGCUCGCCGGCAACGAUGGCGUCGUCAACACCACCCAAGACAACCACUCUGCUCCGGGGAAGAAGAAGAUGCAAUAAUUAUGAAUUAGAUUAGCCAAAAAAGUUCUCAAAAAAGUUCUAGAUAGAUUUCGGUUGUUCUUUUAUCUUUUUAAUUAUUUUUUUAUGUUGCUGGGUAGUUUAAUUUGGUGUGUGUUUAUACUGUAUUUCAUUCUUGCUUCAGUUUGGCUGGUGUGUUCAUCAGGUUGAUUUCUUCUGUGUGUUUUAAUCAAAUUAAUGAUUGUAUAGAAACAACAAGAAGCUGGCACCAUCAAGGAGCUUGUAGAGAAAGUA